ACUUCUCACGCCGCCUGCCCAGAGCCUCUGCACUGCACUGCAUCGGCCAACAACAGCGGCACGCACCCCACAGCACUCGCUCGCGCCAUCUCAGCCAGCGUGCAAACCAUGGCGCGGAUACUCCUCGAAGCGGCGGCCGGCUCGGGCCCGCCGACGGACUCCAUCAACUCGGACAUGAUCCUGAUCCUCGCCGGCCUGCUCUGCGCGCUCGUCUGCGUCCUCGGGCUGGGUCUCGUGGCCCGGUGCGCGUGCUCGUGGCGCUGGGCCGCCGCGUCCCGGUCGCAGCCGGCGGCGGACGCCACCAAGGCCGCCAACAGGGGCGUGAAGAAGGAGGUGCUGCGCUCGCUCCCGACGGUCACGUACGUCCCCGACAGCGGCAAGGCCAAGGCGGCGGCGGGGGCCGACGAGUGCGCCAUCUGCCUCGCCGAGUUCGAGGAGGGGCAGGCCAUGCGCGUGCUGCCGCAGUGCGGCCACGCGUUCCACGCCGCCUGCGUCGACACGUGGCUGCGCGCGCACUCCUCCUGCCCGUCCUGCCGCCGGGUGCUGGCCGCGCCCGCCGACCUGCCGCCCGGCGAGCCGUGCCGCCGCUGCGGCGCGCGCCCCGGCUUCCGCGCGCUCUGGAAGGCGCCCGCGCCCUGCAGCGCCGAGGGGCCGACGUUCUUGGCGUAGUAGUUAGUUAGUGCCUUGCGCACCCGGCACACAGGAACUGAACCAAUGCCCGAGCUCCGAGCUCAGUGGUGAACUUGUUUUUUUCUUCUUCUUCUUAGCCUUAUUAGGUCUCAUUCUGGACAGAAAUUGUCCCUGUAAUUUAUCUGUACAUAUCUGCAAGUGCAAUGAUAAAAAAAAAGCUUGAAGUUAGUUGCA